UUCUGGUGGCUUCGGUGCCUCUCGAUCCCCUCCCAUCCCCCACUCCUCUCCCCGCGCUCGUCCUCUCCGUCCGCCGCGGCCCGCAUGUAAGCGAUCGCCGCACUGCCCGUCCGACCGGCCAUGGCGUCGACGCUGCUGCGCAAGGUGUGGGGCUCCGUGCUCUCCCGCGCGGUGCCGCGCGACCCGGACGCCUCCGCCUCCUCCUCCUCCCCGCGCCGCCGCGGCGCCCCGGCGGCGGCGGCGGCGGCGGAGUACGGCUCCCUGGGCGCGCUCGACGCGGUGCCGAUCGACGUGCUGGCGCAGAUCCUGCGCCUGCUGGGCCCCGCCGACGCCGCGCGCUCCGUCGCCGUGUGCCGCACCUGGCGCCUCCUCGCCUCCGACAACGCGCUCUGGGCCUUCUUCCUCAGCCUCGGCCCCGACCCCUGGGACCUCGUCGUCUUCGCCGAGACCCACCUCGCCGCCGGCCCCGCCCAGCCCCGCAGCGUCUACUUCGGCACCGUUCGCGUCCCGCCGCAGCUCUCCUUCAAGCGCAUCUACGGACAGCGAGCGCUCGUCCCAGGCUCUAUCAUAGUCGAUGGUGGAUCAGGCUAUUGCAAGUAUGGCUGGAGCAAGUAUGCUGCUCCUUCUGGGCGUUGUGCAACUUUUCUGGAAUUUGGUAACAUCGAGUCCCCUAUGUAUGCAAGACUUCGUCACUUUUUCUCGACAAUCUAUAACAGGAUGCAUGUAAAGCCUUCUGCUCGACCAAUUGUUGUUGCCCUUCCCCUCUGCCACUCCGAUGAUACCGAGGCUGCUAGGGCCUCAAGAAAGCAAUACAAGGAGACAUUGUACUCGGUUUUGUUCGACAUGAAUGUUCCUGCUGUUUGUGCUGUUGAUCAAGCACUCCUAGCUUUGUAUGCUGCUAGACGAACCUCUGGUAUUGUUGUCAACAUUGGAUUCAAUGUCACAUCCGUUGUUCCCAUCUUUCAAGGUAGGGUGAUGCGUGAGAUAGGCAUUGAAACUGUGGGGCAAGGUGCUCUGAAACUUACUGGAUUUCUAAAGGAGCUAUUGCAGCGAAGGAAUAUUUCUUUUGAAUCACUGUACACUGUUCGGACAAUCAAGGAGAAAAUUUGCUACGUCGCGGCUGAUUAUGAAGCAGAACUAUGUAAAAACACACAAGCUUCCUGUGAGGUGGAUGGUGAAGGGUGGUUCACUCUAUCAGAAGAAAGAUUCAAGAUGGCAGAAAUCCUUUUCCAGCCCCAGAUUGGAGGAGUUCGUGCUAUGGCUUUGCACAAAGCAGUAUCUCUAUGUAUGGAUCACUGCUACAAUACAGAGGUGCUCCGUGACCACAGCUGGUUCAAGACGGUGGUUUUAGCUGGUGGAUCGUCGUGCUUACCUGGUUUGCCAGAGAGGCUCGAGAAAGAGCUCCACAAACUUCUUCCUCCAUACAUCUCAGAAGGAAUAAGGGUUCUGCCUCCUCCAUUUGGCACAGACACCGCCUGGUUCGGUGCAAAGAUGAUCGGCACUGUGAGCACUUUCUCGGAUGCAUGGUGCAUAAACAAGAAGCAGUUCCGCCAGAAGUCACGCCACAGUGGUUCGUCUUUAGUGAAUGCAUGGCGAUAGAUCGUGACGGACGCAGCUAUGAUUGGCAAAGCCAGCGAAAGAGCCAUGAGGUUGUUAUCCUCUAAAAUAUGGUACAGAUCUAUACAGCAUCAGUCCCCGGUGUACAUAACAGAUAUAUGGUUACAUGUAUAUGGAUGAUAGAUUAUUGUGAGUAAAUAAAAAUGAUACAUUGUUAUUGGCUAUGGGAUGCUGUAUAGCAUAAGUGAAUGUAUCAUGCUGUGCGCAUUUAGAACGAUUCUCUUAUCAUUUAUGUACCCGUACAUCAUUGCUUUGGAGAUGAAAUAAUACCAUCUAUUUAUCUUGAA